AUGGCUCUCCGUGUUACCCGCAACCGCCUGGCCUCCACCCGCACCGAGAUGGCAGUGAAGCCCGGAACGCAGUCUCUGCAGACGCGUGCUGCUCUGGGAGACAUCGGCAACAUCCCAGAGAAGGCAGUCCCCCAGAAAAAGGUGGUGACCAGAGCUGCCACAAAAGUCCAGAAGGCUGAUGCCAAACCAAAACCCCUGGCUGUCGCGCCUCAGCCAGAGCCAGAGGUGGCGGUGAAGGUGCCGGUCCUGCCCGCCUCCCCCACGCCCAUGGAGACCUCCGGCUGUGAGCCCGGUGACCUGUGCCAGGCCUUCUCCGACGUCAUCCUGCAGACGGCCAUCAGGGACGUGGACUCUGACGACUACAACAACCCCAUGCUCUGCAGCGAGUACGUCAAGGAGAUCUACAAGUAUCUGCGGGUGCUCGAGGUGGAGCAGAACAUUAGGCCAAACUACCUGCAGGGAACAGAGGUGACUGGGAACAUGCGCUCGAUCCUGGUGGACUGGCUCGUCCAAGUGAGCCUGAAGUUCAGACUGCUGCAGGAGACCAUGUAUAUGACAGUGGCAAUCAUCGACAGAUACCUGCAGGACAACCCCGUCCCCAAGAAGCAGCUGCAGCUCGUGGGGGUCACCGCCAUGUUCCUGGCCUCAAAGUUCGAGGAGAUGUACCCUCCAGAGAUAAACGACUUCGCCUUCGUCACAGACAGCGCCUACACCACGGCUCAGAUCCGCAGCACGGAGCGUAGCAUCCUCAGCGCCCUCAAGUUCCAGCUGGGACGACCGGUGCCUCUGCAGUUCCUCCGCAGGGCGUCCAAGAUCCAUGAGGUCACCGCAGAGCAGCACACUCUGGCAAAGUACCUGUUGGAGCUCACGAUGGUGGACUACGACAUGGUCCACCUGCCUCCCUCAAUCGUGGCCAGCGCCGCCCUCGCUCUGACCAUCAAGGUCCUGGACGCCGGAGAGUGGGACUCGACGCUGGCUCACUACAUGGAGUACUCUGCGGAAAGCCUGGUCCCAGUGAUGGCUCUGAUCGCCAAGAACGUGGUGAAGGUGAACGACGGGCUGACAAAGCACAUGGCCGUCAAAGGAAAGUACUCCACAGCCAAACAGAUGCGGAUCGCCACCAUCUCACAGCUCAAAGGAUCCGUCAUCAAAGAGUUCGCAGCCAAAGCCACAAAGUAA